CUCACUUCCUGAAAGUUGACAGAGCAAGGCUGAGUUCUGGCUCCUGCUCCACCUCCAGCCAGACCUGCCCACCAUGGCCCUGGUGCUGAUCCUGCAGCUGCUGACCCUCUGGCCCCUGUGUCACACAGACGUCACUUGGACAAGUACCCAGGAAGCCCAAGGACCCAGGCCGUCCACUUAUUCAAUCCCCCCAAACUCAUACCCCUCAUACCCCAAGCCAUCGCUGGGGGUUCAGCCUGCUGCCGUUGUGACCCCCGGGAUCAACGUGACCUUGACGUGCCGGGCGCCACGACCCGCCCAGAGGUUUGCACUCUUCAGGUCUGGAGAGACGGCCCCUGUGCUGUCCCAGGAUAUGUUCAAGGAGCUGGCAGAAUUCUUCCUGGAGGAGGUGACUGAGGCCCAGGGGGGCAGUUAUCACUGCUGCUACAGGAAUCCACAGUGGGCACCGGGCGACUGGUCCCACCCCAGUGAUGCCUUGGAACUGCUGGUGACAGACCAGCUGCCGAGCCCGUCGCUGGUGGUGCUGCCCGCGCCGGUGGAGGAGCCCGGCGACACCGUGAGCCUGCGCUGCGCGGGCCACGUGCGGAACAUGAGCUUCGUGCUGUACCGCGUGGGCGAGGCGGCGCCGCUGCAGUACCGGGACUCGGCGCAGCCCUGGGCCGACUUCCCGCUGCCCCGCGCGCUCGCCCCAGGCACCUACAGCUGCUACUACCACACGCCCGCAGCGCCCUACGUGCUGUCGCAGCGCAGCGCGGAGCUGGUCAUCAGCUCAGACGGCUCUGGCUCCUUGGACUACACCCGGGGCAACCUCGUCCGCCUGGCGCUGGCCGGCCUAGUCCUCGUCUCCCUGGCCACGCUGGUCAUUUUGGACUGGCGCAGCGGGCGCCGGACCCUGAGCUCCAGAGGACUGGAUCCAGACGCCUGCGGCUGA